AUGGAGCUAAGGGAGAAUAAGAGACCAGAGCCCACGUGCUCACAACACUGGCUGCUUCAGGAACCUCUGGUGAACGGAGCCAAGAUGGACAUCCAGGACCGCACGACUCCAGGUCUGAGCAGCAUGCUGUGCUCCUCUGGGACCACCACCCUGAGGACACUGGUGGAGAUAUGUAUAAUAGUAGUAGUGACAGUAGUAAGUACUGAAGUAUGUUCAGUUUUAGAUGUGUGUGUAUAUAUAUAUUUAGAUGUGUGUGUACAUGUAUAUAGUUUUCACACAUGCUCAGUCCGUCUCUCUGGACCUCUUAUCCUCAGCGUGGUGCCAUUACUCAGAGAGUCCAUCGGGAUCCUGAUGCAGCGAACGCCUCCUUCACUGGACCACGUGCUGCCCGAGUGUUACCAGAGGGUGCAGCAGCUGCAGGGAGUCUACAACCUGCAGGACCCUCACUUCUGGACUCUGUGUACGGACGUUUACAUCGGAACGUUAAAGCUGCUGGUGGCCCCCGACGCCGACCGCCGCUGGAUCCUCAGCCAGACCCACCACGUCUUCACACAGGCUGGAGUUCGACAGCUCUACGUUCAGAUCGACACAGCCGACAUGUAGAAGCUCCUCCUCCUUUGAACAGCUGGGACCAAUCAAAUUCAGUCUGCUGCAGGUGACC